ACCAACCAUCACAAUGGCUGAACAAGACACUAUCACUGUAUCGGAAUACAUUGCCGAACAAGAACGGCUGGAGAAGGAAGCUAGAGAGCUGUUUCCCAAAAAGUUUGACAUCUGUUCAAACAGUAUGGGAUACAUUCGCCAACCGGUUUACUCCUGUUUGACUUGCAACCCCAAUUCAGGCGAGGAGGCUGGGUUUUGUUACUCUUGUAGCAUUUCUUGCCACGGAAACCACAACCUUGUCGAACUUUUCACUAAGAGAGGUUUUCGGUGCGAUUGUGGAACAGAAAAGUUUAAGACGAUAAAAUGCAAACUUGAUCCUAAACCUGCUGAAUCCAUCAACGAACUGAACAAGUAUAAUCAUAACUAUUUAGGCAAAUUCUGCUGGUGCGACAUUCAAUAUGACCCUUUGAAAGAAGAGAGUACAAUGCUACAAUGCGUUGUUUGCGAGGACUGGUUCCAUGAUACUUGUAUUGGCAUUACUCCACACAACGACGAUUUUGAUGACUUCAUCUGCAGAACAUGUACAAGGGCCCAUCCGUUUCUUCGAAGAUAUGCGCAGCAUCCUCUCUUUAUGAUUGGCUUAUCCGAAAAAAAUGGUGACCCAAAAUCCGUCACUAUGAUCGAUUGCUCAAAGAACUCAGGGGACGCAAAGGGCAAGGCGACUGAUAAAAAUGGUGGUCAGUCCACGAAGGCAGCGGAAGAUGAAAUCAUUUCCAUAACAGAUGAGGAUACAACUAACAAAAUCCCCGAGACCAACAUCAACACAACCAUAGUUUCCGCUAUUACCACAACGACCACACCUGCUACUUCCACUACUACAACCACCUUGACGGAAAUUAUUGAAUCAGGAACUAAAGGAUCAAAUGUUGUUAACCAUGCCAAGCGCCCGCACGAUACAACCCAGGAAGAGAAUACAAAAAAUGGCAAGGAUACAGAAGAAACCGAAUUGAGCCAGAACAAAAGACAAAAGUUGGACACAGAGGCAUGCAAGCUUCAUCAGCAACCUUCGGAUGCAUAUCCGGACCAGGAAAUGAACUUAUUUGCAACCGAAGGAUGGCGCGAUAUCCUCUGUCAGUGCACUGCAUGCAUGACGCUCUAUACAAAGGAGGAUGUGCCCUUUAUUUUAGGCGAGGAGGCAAUCUAUGAGGACGAAGAUGAUGAAGAAGCAGAUACAUCGAUGCUCGAGAGUGGCAUGAAGAAAUUGAGCGAGAUGGAUCGUGUGCAGGUGAUGGAUGGAAUGUUGGCAUAUCGCAAGAUGCGAGAUGAGAUUCGAAACUUUUUGGCACCAUUUUCUGAGCAAGGCAAAGUUGUCACUGCGGACGAUAUCCAAGCUUUUUUCACGGCAAAGAUGGAGCAGCGUGCAGCAUCCGACGAUAAACCCAAUACUUUUUAAUCCCCCCUUUAAUAUAAUAUACAACUCUUCUGCGUGUGAACCAGACCUCCUUAGUUCUAUACUCGUUGAUAAUUUGAAUAAAGUGCGUAAUU